UGACGCCUCUGAGUGACCUGGGACCAGACAAUGCCAGGAUGUGGCGGUGUCUGGACAGGCUGGGGUUGAGCUCAGAGGGGCGAGCGUGGCUCCAAGAGACGUGGGGAGUCCACAGUGGAACCUGGAGGCCUUUGGUACUCAAAGCUCAGGACGCUCUCUACAAAGUGGUUGACAUGUGUGCUGUGAUGUUCUGGAGGUUGCUCUCUCGAUAUCCGUGUUUCUCUUUUGACUCUUCCCAGCUCACUGCGGUGCUGUGUAGGAUCAAAGCGAGAGUGGUCAAGCACCUGGAUACAGAACUGCUGGCUCUUCGAUCUCAGUUGAUUCUGGAGGUGAUGCUGCAGAUAACACUGCCAGCAUUUACACGUGGUGUGGGUGAGCAGGAUCUGUCUCGUUACUACGCCAUGGUGAACUCGGAGCAAACCCUCUUCAUCCACCCUGACAUCAUCUUCCACUCCAUCCUGAGAGACAACCUGACCGCUUACAUCCAGUCAGUGAUGAGGUACUCCCUGCCUCAGCAGUUCAUGCCUCUCCCUGCUGUUAGCUCCAGCUCCAGUUUGUCUGAGCCAAUGAACCAUGAGCUGCUGCCUCCUGUUGACGGCCAGCAGAACGUCUGCCAAACCUCUGAAGGCUCCACCUCAGGAUCUGAAACAAUCACACCACCGAGCACCGUGUCUGACCACGAUGACACUUUGGCCAACUCAGAAAACUCUGAAAACGACACGCAUUCACUGCUUGAUGCAGGAGAAUACAUCCAUCUCACUGAACCAUGAAGGAGCUGGACAACAACACCACCAUAGCAUAGUAAAGUUUAGUAGAUCAUGUCCGUUGUAUUAUAUACAUUUAAAAAUUUGCAUUUUUCAUGACAAAUAUACAACUUAAAUUAUAGAAAGGUAAGAAAUAUAUGACAGCUAUAUAAUGAGUUUAGCCUAAUCGACAAGCAUUUAAAUCCUAAAAUGUAUCAUUAAUUAAAAUACAAAUUUCAAGGGAAAAAAAGAGAACAUAACACUAAAACAUAAACCAGAUAACCUCACUGAUUUCCUGCUACGGCAUGUAUAUUUUCUAGUUAAGUUAGAGGUGAAUGAUUAAUCAAUUAAUCAGCAACUACUUUUUUGAUAUUCAAUUAAUAGUUUAAGAUAUUUAUUAAAUAAAAUAUUUCUCUGUUUUACAUCUUAAAUGAAUAUAUUUGGAUUUUGGGCUGUUUAUGAGACAAAGAAAGCAAAUUGAAGACUGUACUUUGAGCCCAGUGAAAUUGUCCAUCAUUUUCCAUUAUUUUUUGACAUUUUAGUCAAAACUAUUAAUCAAUUAUUUAAAAAAUGUUCCAUAGAUUAAUGAAAAUAAUCCAUUGUGUCUCAAACGGCAGCCUUAAUGUGUGCACUUGUGUUGGUUUGAGCUGUAUCACUGUGUUGUCACAAACAGCUUUUAUAAUGUUGUUUUUGAGUUUUUAUACCUAUUUUUGACUUUUUGCUAAAUUACUUAUGGCUCAGGUAGAAUAGACAAAGUUGGCUUUACGAAAUUAAGUUUGCAAGGCUUUGAUAUAUAGAUAUGUAUUUCAUGUGAGUGAAUCGCCCAUCUACUGCGAUUAAAGGUAAAAUAAACCUGG